UUUUGGGUCUGGGCAACCCGCGGUUGGUGCGCGCUCAGCAGCUCCAGGGCACAGGCGCCGCGACCCGGCCCAGCGUGGCCUCGCCUAGCUUUGCAGGCCAGAGCUUGGGCGCCAGUCACGGUCUUCUGCGCUGGCUCUGGCCAGCUUUUACCUCUGACUCCUGAUGCCUCAGCCUCUGACAAGUGGCUCAUGAAGCUCUGGGCACAGAGAAAGCCCUAGAGGACAUGCCUGGGAGCUGGGGACACUCUGGCUGAGUCUUUCUUUGGGACCCUGUGUCGAGCACCCAGGAGGUGGAGCAUGGCGUCGGCCUUUGAGGGGGUGGUCAAGAGCGUGGUGCGGGAACUGGACCACAGUGGGGAGCUCAUCCCCACGAGCAGCCUUCGGAACUCCACCAGCUUCCAGCCCUACUGCCUUUUGGGCAGGAAGUCCUCCAGCUCAUGGUUCUGGAGACCCCGCUACGUAUGUGUCAACCUGUCCAUCAGGGACAUCCUGGAGCCCAAUAUCCCGGAACCAGCUGUCGAGUGUGUCGGCCACUUCCACUUCCAAGAUGCUGUGGACGGAAAGCUGCAGGGCAGCGUGGAGCUGGUGACCCCGGGACAGGGGACAUUUGCAGGUGGGGCUGCAGUGUCCGGAAGCUCCAGUGCCUCAAUGAACGUGUCCACGCUGCGAGUGAGCCCCAACACUUGGGUGGCCAUGCUCCAAGAGAGGCGCCUGCAGCAGCCCGAACACAAAGUCCUGCAGCAGCUUCGGGCUCAUGGGGACGACGUGUUUGUGGUGACUGAGGUGCUGCAGACACAGAAGGAGGUGGAGGUCACGCGGACCCACAAACGGGAGGGCUCGGGCCAGUUUGCGCUGCCUGGAGUCAUGUGCUUACAGGGCAAGGGCCAGGGCCACCUGAGCCAGAAGAAGACAGUCACCAUCCCCUCGGGCAGCAUUCUCGCAUUCCGGGUGGCCCAGCUCGUGAUUACUGGCUCUGAGUUGGACAUUCACUUCAUCCCAAACAAGAAGCAGAAGACCUUUGUGACGUCCCAGGCAGAUGACCAGCCCCAGGAGUCCUCCACCUUCUCCACCGUGAUCAAGUCCAUCUCUGACCGCCUCAAGAUCCUGUCGGACGGGCCCACCAAGGACUGGUUGGUGCCUACUGAAGACUUCCAGGGCCUGAAGAUGGAGGUGAUGAGCUGUGCCAAGGGCCUGGAGAACUUCUCUAAGAUGCUGUGUGGGCAGCUGCUGGGGGCCCUCGGGCAGGUCCUGCGGGACCAGGAGGCCCUACAGGUCCUGGAGGAGGCGCUGGAGCAGGGCCAGUGCUGCGGGCAGGUGGAGCCUCUGCCUGGUCCAGCUGGCGCCAUCCUGGAGUGCCUGGUGCUCCCCUGCAGAGCGCUAGUAGAGGAGCUCGCUAGCCCCAUCUUCUACCUACUGGAAGCGCUGGCAGCACUGAGUGAAACCCAGCAUGUGCUGCUGGCCCAGAUGCUGGAGGCCCGGGCCCUGAUGGAGCCAUUUAAGCUGGUGGAGAGCCUUUUGGAGCAGAGCGUCCCAUGGAAGGAGAGCGGGGCCGUGUCCCUGCCGCCUGGGCUCCUGGGCAGCAGCUGGGGCUCGGAGGCGCCCACCUGGGUCCUGUUGGAGGAGUGUGGUCUGGAGCUGCAGGUGGGCGCCCCCCAGGUGUGCUGGAAGCCGGAGGCCCAGGGCUGCACGUGUGCACUCUAUGCCUGUCUGGCUCUGCUGUUAAUGCUGAGCCAACUCUGCUAGCCUGCGGACCUAGUGCCUGGGCUGCUCUCCAGGGGAGCAGAGCUCAUGCCCACCCAGCUGCCAGCCCUGGGAAGGCAAGAGCCCAAACCCAGCCAAGCAGCCCAUCCACCACAGGGCUCGGGAGUUGGGGAAAGCCAAUAAAUUCGACCUACAA